AGCCUGUCCAUGUGACACACCACAGACGCAUCUAUAUUUUUUAAUGUUAAUGGCUACGAAAGAGACCUACGUUAUCACGCUCUGUCGUAAUCAAAAACGUCGACUUGUGUGAUUGAGGUUAAGUUACCCUAACAAUCCAAAAUGCCAACCCUUUUUUCUCCGAAAACCGAACCAGCACCCGAAGAGGCCGGAAUUAACGCCGUUUUAUUGGGCCCUCCAGGUUCUGGAAAGGGUACCCAGGCCCCCAUGCUGAAGGAGAAAUAUUGUGUAUGCCACCUUUCAACUGGUGAUAUGUUAAGGGCUGAAAUUGCCUCAGGCUCUAUCUUAGGAAAGAAACUGAAAGCUGUGAUGGAUGAGGGAAAACUGGUUAGUGAUGACUUGGUUGUAAAUAUGAUUGACAACAAUCUGGACAAGCCCGAAUGCAAGAAUGGAUUUUUGCUUGACGGUUUCCCUAGAACUGUGGUUCAAGCAGAAAAAUUGGAUGAACUUCUGGAGAAACGUAAUACCCAGUUAGAUGCAGUAAUUGAAUUUGGCAUUUCUGAUAGUUUGCUAGUGCGCCGUAUUACUGGAAGAUUGAUCCAUCAAGCUAGUGGUAGAUCGUAUCACGAGGAAUUUGCUCCUCCAAAAAAGCCCAUGACCGAUGAUGUGACUGGUGAACCUUUAAUCAGGAGGUCUGAUGACAAUGUAGAGGCUUUGAAGAAGCGUUUAAACGCCUAUCACGCCCAAACCAAACCCCUGGUGGAUUAUUAUCAAAUUAGAGGGAUCCACUACCGUGUUGAUGCUGCUCAGUCCAGCAAAGAUGUGUUCAAAAAUAUUGACUCCAUUUUCCUAGGACAACAGAAACAAAGACUUGGACUGUAAGAUCCUAACAAAUUGAUUUUGUUAUAUUUUAAUACAUUUGUUUUAUAAUAGAUGAAAAUUGCAUUUACUGCAGUAACUAAAACAUGUCAGUCUGUGUUCUUUCUUCAUACAUUACAUCCAACCUUCCAGAUACUCUUAAGAGAAUUUUUAUAUAAAUACGUAUAAAACUUCCAAAACUCUAUCUUUAGCAAUAUUUUUGUAUAAUGUAUUUUUUGUUGUUGGGUUAAUAAAACUGUCAAAUAGA